GUGGUUCUUUAGAAGUAUUCUAUAGUGUUUCUUUGUUAUUCUGUAAACUUGAUAUGAAUUGUGGCAAGGUGGUUCUUAAUAAACGUCGCAUUUGGUUAUUUGAACCUAAACCUGAUAUGAAUCGUCAAGGGGUAAAAAGUGUAAAAAGUGUAUGCUUCUAUAAAGCUGAUAUGAAUUGGCAAG